AGCUCCUUCUCCGCAGCUCGGAAACUUCUCACUCGUCAGUUUCCUUCCAGGCGAACUACCAUAAAAAUCUUAUUACUUCGAAGAGCGUGGAAGCUCGCGCGAGUGUUUUUCACCCUCGAUCGGCUCGAAUCGGAUCCUUCGUCGUUCGUGUUUCUGUGUGCGCGAGCUAGUGCCCAACUUUUUCGAUAUUCAAAAUGGGCGAGGAAUCAGGCGAAGCGGCCAGUGGCUCGCCCAAGUUGAAAAAAUUCCUCAAAGAGGCACCAUUUUUCUGCAAACUCAUACAACUAGUGAUGUGCGUCGUUUCCGUCGGCCUCAUCGUCGACCCCUUCAACAAUCGGAUGCAAGGAAACUUCAACCACGCGGGACUGAUUUACAUCGCCGUCGGGGGGUACAUCUUGAUCAACGCGAUAUUCGUAAUCUGCUAUUUGUACGGCGAGCGAACGGGCCCGAAAAUAUCUCUAAUGUUUUCGAGGCUCGGCGCAAUUCUCUGCUUCGCGGCCGGUGUCGUGCUCAUAUACGAUUACAAAAACUUCCAAAACAAUUACAUAUCCCGAUACCACGAUCAAUACCUCAACCAGAUGUUGGCCAGCGGAGUUUUCGCGAUCUUGGCGAGCGUCUUCUUCGCGAUUGAAAUGUAUUUCAUCAGCAAAGAGGAGGAAGAAGAAUAACGAGUGGGAAGAAACGAGGGAUCGCCAAACAGGGGGGCAAAACGCUCUCGAAAUUUCGACUUUUUAUUAUUUAUUUUCGUUAUCAGGCCUCCAUGGAUGCUGACAAUGCCCGGGAAGCACUCGCCACUAACGAAGCCAACGAAUUGUUUCUCACCCCUAACCUCCCAGGUUAUUUCAUCGUUUCGUUAUCUUUUUUUACGAUUUACCAAAUUCGAGAUACUUCUUUCCUCCCCAUUUUUUCCACCCGCUACAGAGCUUCGGCCCGAAGAAUCGAUCGAUGAAAAAUAGUCAUAGAAACUUCAUGAAUUUGUUACCGAGCAAACGCAGCUCGAUUGUUUUACAAACUGCCCAUAAAAUUCAGCAAACUCUUACAACGAACUUUGAACAAGUUAGGGAAUAAAAACCAUCGGAAUUGUUGCCACGUGGACUUGUCCAACUGUCAGUCAAUCGCGGCCGCGGUUUUCAAAACUCCGUCAAUUUCGCGCUGCCACAACCUGCCACAUUUUGAUACGAGCCAAAGCGCAAGAAACCAUGUUCGAGUAUUACAAAUAAAAGUGUGAACAAUGUAUAUACGAUUUGUAUCGAUCACUUUUGAAAAAAAAUAACGAAAUAAAGGAACACUAAUGAUGACUGUAAA